AUGCCCAAUACGUCAAAUAUGCACACUAUCAAAGACCCAAUUCCCUUAUUCUUUUUCACGUACAAUUGCAAUCAGCAAAAUUUAAUACAUGAGGUUUUCAAAUCUAAAUUACUCCUGAUUCUACCUGACCAAUUGUCGUCUCUUUAUGUGUUUGGCUUUCAAGAGUUUUGUACCGUGUUGGAUGGCUUUUUUCCAUCUGCUGCAAGUGCCAAACUAAUCAAUCUUAAUCAAAUGUUGCAACUGACCCUUCAAGAGAAAUACCAACAACCGACAGGCUUUCUGACUAUUUCACUGACUUUUGUGGGAGCGAUCGGAAUGAUAAUCGUAACACCUUAUGCUGCGAAGUUUAAAGACGCGAGGACGGCAACAACUAGCUGUGGUUACGCUUAUUCAAGUUUAAAAGGGGGAGUCGGAGCACGGGUAUCAUAUUAUCCCGAUGGAGCUUUCGAUAGCACAAAUUUUGUGGAAUUGUCAUUUGCAACGGUUCACUUGAAUGCAUUUGAAGGCGAAUACUACUACCUCCAAAGAAACAAAAACCUAUAUAAUAUCAUGCGAUCGUUGAAUUUUGGAGAUGGCUAUGGACUAAUAAAGCCCAAAAAUCAUGUUUUCGUUAUGGGUGACAUGAACUAUAGAACUACUCAAAAUUAUUCUGCAACCACUGCAGAAGGCCAAGAAUUACUUUCAUUGAUUGAUGUUUCUGCUACAGAUGUAGAGUAUUCAAAAAAGAUUGAAAACUUAGUUGAUAAGUACGAUGAAUUGAAAACGAGUAUGAGAAAUGGUGAUGUUCUACAAAACUUUUCAGAGGGUAAAAUAACAUUCCCACCAACAUAUAAAUUCCACUUAAACACUGCAAUCUACAACACAAAGAGGUCUCCAUCGUGGUGUGAUCGGAUAGUAUACCUUUCGUCGUAUGAAGAAGUUGGAGAAGACAAUCUUGGCCAACAAUUAUUGAAAUUGCCCGGUUCCAGUAAAUCAAACUAUGACCAAAGAGUACGCUAUUAUUUACCUGAAGUCAAGAAUUACGACUCAUUGGAUUCACUUUUAUUAUCUGACCAUCGUCCAGUGUAUCUCGAAAUGACUGUUCCUUUCGUUCCACCAAAGCUGGUUAUAUCACCCUUGUCAGGCUGUUUACAAAUUCUACCUGCUGGCUUGAGGUCGGAUGUAGCCUUGGAUGGAUUUUCGCCGCUUGAAGCACUUGAACGGAGCUCAAAUGUAGUUAGCGGGCCAACCACAAUCUACUUGAAACCUACAACAUUCGAUGGCAUCACUCAAACUUUAAUACGGCCUAUUUCAAACACUGUUAUUGGAUACAGUCUAUGGUUGGGACUGGCAAGACAAGGAAGAAUAUUCCUGUUGACAGUUAUUCUUUUGCUUUGGGUAAUUUAUCGAUUUUUCUGA